UACUCGCUCGCCAUAUUACUACACCCUGAAGCAUUGCGGCCAGCGUUACCCGGAAGUUCGCUAGCGCCGCUGCUUUCCGUGUGCCCUUGAGUCGGAGAGCGGCAACAUGUUUCUGACCUGUGUUAACUUCGCAAAGAGCAAAUCAAAGACGAUCCUGGUGCAGAUGAUGAGCGCCUCGGGCAGUGGCUAUCGCUUCAACUUACGGAGGAACAGACUGAAGGACAAGCUGGUCCUUAGGAAGUACGAUCCUUUCGUCGGACAACACGUUCUGUUCUUUGAGAAGAAGAAAAUCCGCUCCAUUUAGACACCAAGCGGUACAGUGACUGCUACUGACGAGAAAUGGACUUUUGAGCGGUUUCCUGCGGCGCAUGCCGGAACCGGGGAACGGACUCCUGUCUGCGGAAGCGCUGCGCUCCAUUCAUUGCUACGGAACAGAACCCAAGGGCCCAGCACUGCCAGCCUGGAUCCCGGAUUGUGUACCCUACGGAACGUCCGACUAGAGAUACAGAGAGUAGUGAGCGCCGCGCUCCCUCGCCCGGGGCUCCCCAAUAAAGUUUCUGACUACAAACCCCAUUAUUCCUAUUUUAUCCAUUCAGCUCUUUUGUCAGCUUAAAUGUUACAUAGAAUCCAUUUAUAGUGCCCAGGUAGGUACAAUAACCAGGUCACUUACCAGUUACUUCUACCCCCGCGGAGUCGUUUCCACCGCCAUAUUUAACCUGCAACAGAGCUCCAAGGCACCAGAACCUCAUUGUAAUCAUAAUAAUUGCAUUAAAGGGGUGGAUUGAAGUUAACUUUUAAUACGUUAUAAAAUGGCCUAUUCCUA